AUGUCGCGGGUUACCACUCGGUCGAUUGUGAGCGCCGGCAGCGAGUCGGCGCCCAGUCCACAGCAGCGUUCGAUUUCGGCGCGAGGAGAGCGCUCGGCCUCGAACCCGGCGUCGUUCGCCCUGGAGACCAACCACUAUGACACGGCCUUGCCCCCAAUGAAUUUCCACCAACCACCCGUUGUGCACCGUCGGACGGGGAGCACACUCAAGACGGUGAUGCGCAAGAUCUUCAACCGCAAAAGACAAAGUCAAACAGACGGGCUAGAGGAAAUGCCCAAUGAGACUUACUUCUCAUCACCGGCAAGGUCGUCGGGACCGAUCGUCGCGGGCACGUCGUUUCUGGCUGUACCCUCUCCGUCAGAGUCCAAACGGAGUAGUCCCUUGUCCGAGGAAAACCUGCAGCUGGCAACACAUCUUUCUCCGACCGCUGCCACCGGUGGCUCUUUACCUUCUCCUAGGAUGGGACCUCGUCGACGACGUGCGACAUUGCCGAGCGUGAUCUUUUCCGACGAUGAGUCCCGAUAUGCGGUGGCAUCCACUGCACUUUCCGACCCCCAGGAGGAUCGCCCUGUGAUUCCCGAUCAGGAGCGCCAACGCAGUACGCUCCAGGCCCGACGAAGAUCGAGGAGUAUCGGUGAACUGCAGCACCUCGCCAGCGAGCGACCACGGUCUCCGACGGCGUGGCCAACACGGACAACCUCGGUCCCCAAUUCAGCUCUCGAGUCAAAGUCGCCCCAUCUGGAAGGUGGAAGUUCUGUGAGUGACCAUUCUGGCAGACCUUCCACUGGGACGACGGUCACCAGUGUGACCAAAGCAUCUGUUGCCCCAUCCCUCCCCGAGUCCAACCACUACGCGGAGCAAAUGAGUCCUCUCCCGCCCAAUAUGGGCACUCUGAUGCACACCAUGCAACAAGAUGAUGGCCUGACAGUCGAACAACGCCUCAAUACCAUCGAAGUGAAAAUGAUCGACCUGGAGUUCGCCAUUGCGCGCAUGCAAUCCAAUUCGGUCAAUGAGAAGACCCAAGACCGACUGUCGUCCCGCCGGAAGCAAGACUCGUUCCCUCAAAUGCGCAGCAAACCCUCUUACUCGAGCUCCGUGGACCGUGACGAAACCCCCAGUCCCCUCGCAACCCUCGCCUCAGUCCGCCCAGUAAGCACCAGCACCAUCCGCCCCGACACAAUGGCCUCCCGCACCAUCCGGCCCGCGCCGUCCGCGACGUCGCUCUCCGACUUCCACGGCAUCUCCAUCGAACAAUACAGCACCCUCGUCACCCUCCUCCGCCGCGAACAAACCGCGCGCCGGACCCUAGAGGGCCAGGUUGCCAGUCUUAAAGAUGACCUCCGGCACUUCCAGCGGGCCGCGCUGCACUCGAUGGAGCUCGGCGGUUCGAUGCACCCCCUUCACCGCGUGGAUUCGCAGGAGUUCUUGCGGUUCCGGCGUGCGCUUGACGAGUCUGAUUCUAGCUCGCCGAUUCAUACGACGGAUGAAAAGCUCAAUGGGACUUUGGAUAACGAGUCCGAUUAUGAUCCGUUUGGCCCGUCUAAAUGGGAGCGUGAGCGUGAGCAGCGUGAGCAGGGAGCCAGGCGCGUCGUUACGGUCCCGAUGAUCUGA